CCCGCCCGCUUGCCUGUCCGCUUGCCUGCCUGCCUGCCUGCCUCCCUGCCUGCCUCCCUGCAUGGCGUCGUCAGCUGGAGCCGAUGCUCCUUGUCGCAGUCUUCCCCCUCCGGGAAUUGUGCCCCGACCUGGCCUCGUCCCCCUCGUGGCACAGCAGGGCCAUGCCGAGCGCCCGUGGCAUCACCCUUGGGCACGCCGGCCAUGCAGAGAAAGGGCAUGUGAAGUGCGCAUCCUCGUACGUGGUGGGCAGCGGGGCAUGAGGCGGUCAUGACGCGACUCCGGGCAGUGUCGUGGCGCGUACGCGGUGGAAUGCGGUCAGGCACUUGCACACGAGGCGUCUCAUGCAUUCCGCGAGAGGCCGAAGCACUCGUCAUGCGGAGAGACCGAGCUGCGUGUCAUGAGAGUGCCCAAGAUCUUCUUCGGGACGCGCACGCACAAGCAGAUCUACCAGAUAGUGAAGGAACUGCGGCGGACCUCGUACAGGAACACCAGGACCGUGGUGUUGAGUUCCCGCGAGCACACGUGCAUCCACCCGACGGUCAGCCGAUCGCGGAACAAGAAUGAAGGAUGUCGGGAACUUCUCGAUCCGCAGAGGGGCGAAGGCUGCCGCUUCAACCACGGCGUGGCCCGGAUCAAGCGGCACGAGCAGCUGGCGCAGUUCGGUCUGGACGCGGCGUGGGACAUCGAGGACCUGGUGCGCCUCGGCAAGAAGAUCAAGGCGUGCCCCUACUUCGCGGCGCGCUCCCUCGUCGACACGGCGGAGAUCGUCUUCUGUCCGUAUAAUUACCUCGUGGAUCCGCUCAUCAGGGAGGCGAUGAGCAUCAACCUGACGGAGCAGGUGAUCAUCCUGGACGAAGCGCACAACAUCGAGGACAGCGCCAGGGAAGCGGCCUCGUGCACCCUGACGCAGGACGCCAUCCUGGAGGCGAGGGACGACCUGGAGAAGCUCGUGGCCCUGAAGGUCAACGAGGAAGAGUGCUCCAAGCUGGCCAGCAUGCUGAGCGCAUUAAGUGGCUGGGUGGAUCAAAACUCUGACAAGUUGACCGACUACACAGAGUUUGACCGAUCUGGAAAGAUCUUCACAGGCACACAGAUGAUAGCCAGCUUAGAUAUGCUUGGUAUUGGGAACGACAAGAUUGGUGACCUGAAGCACUGCUUCACAGUAGUGACAGACGACCAGGAUCCGGACGACUUGAACCCUCGCAUCAGCUCUAACACGAAUAUGCUACUGAAGAGUCUCUUCCUUAUGUACGAGUUUCUGUUCAUGGAUAACAUGAAGUACAGAGACGACUACCGCAUUGCCAUCGUAAAGUCUCAGACCAGGAAAAGGGCUCCUAAUGCAUCAGGAUGGCUAGGCAGGAGAGCCACAAUCAGCUGGGCAUUCUCCAUCAACUUCUGGUGCCUUAACCCUGGUGUGGCAUUCAGUUCAGUCGGUGCAAAGGUCCGCUGCAUCAUACUGACCUCUGGCACCCUGUCUCCGAUGAGUUCGUUUCAGUCUGAAUUGGGGGUCCCUUUUAAGAUUCAGCUGGAGGCUAAUCACGUCAUUGACAAAAAUCAGGUAUGGGUUGGCACUAUCGGAAAGGGGCCAACGGACCAAAUGCUCCAGGCAACAUACCGGCACACAGAGACCUGGGGAUUCCAAGACGAAUUAGGAAAGCUGGUGCUGGACGUGUGUCGCGCUGUUCCCCGAGGAGUCUUGUGCUUCUUGCCCUCCUAUUCCCUGCUGAACAAACUCCUUGAUAGAUGGCAGAUGACAGGGCUCUGGGAUGAAUUGAACAAGGUAAAGAUCAGCAUGUGUGAGCCUCGCAGCGGGGAGGAAUUUGAAGAGACAAUGAAGCUCUUCUAUGACACCAUAAGGAGAACUGGGGAAGAGUGCGAGGGUGAAGUGAAUGGCGCAUUUUUCAUGGCAGUUUGUCGAGGAAAAGUCAGUGAGGGCCUGGACUUUACCGACGAUAAUGCACGUGCUGUUAUAGCUGUUGGAAUCCCAUUUCCAAAUGUGAAGGACAUCCAGGUUGAUCUAAAGCGACAGUACAACAACAGCCACUGUCGCACGCGGGGUCUUCUCUCUGGCGGGGAUUGGUAUGAAAUCCAGGCAUAUAGGGCAGUAAAUCAGGCUCUUGGUCGGUGCUUGCGUCACCGCUAUGACUGGGGUGCCCUGAUCCUUGUUGAUGAAAGGUACCAGAGAGGCAGCCUGAGCAGCGGAGUCCAACAGAACAAGUAUACGAAGGGUCUUUCCAAGUGGGUGCGCAAUAAGAUCGUGCACCAUCCUUCUUAUGCCAUGGCACUCUCCAGUCUCAAUCAUUUUGCAAGAAAUAUGACUGCCAAUCCACCAAAGAAACCAGAGAGCAUGAAUGAAACUCAAACAGCAACAGUAGAGGGAAAUACAGUAGAGAAGGAUGCAGUGUGUGGGAAUUCAAGUAGAUUCCAGACUGCCAGGGCUCUGCUUGACUCAGAAAACAGUUCAUCAACAACAGCAGCAGCUUUGUCCUUACUUGUAGAUGGCUUAGGGUCAACCCAAAAUACCACAGCUGCUCAUGACACUAGUGUUAGAAAUGAAACGGGCAUUAUAUUACCAUCCCAGUUUAGCUCAACAAUCAUUGGAGGUUGCAAUGAAGUGGAUCACGAUGAUGACUUCUGCUCUUCACCAAGCAGCUUAGUCAUUCCACCUAGUAGAUUCCUUUUCACCUCAACUCAGGUAUCAGACCCGAAAACCUCAAAUGUUCCCUCAUCACCAUCCUCCAGCAAGGACCGUGCUAGUGUGUUAACCUUAGAUACAUCACCAAAGGAGACUCCAGUUGGAAAGGUGUUGCAGACGCCACUUUCCCCAGAUGAUGCUGUAGGUAACCCUCCCAAAAGAAGGAAGUCAUUUUUCUUGACAAGUUCAGAAGCAAGUAGUAGCCAUACCCAGAAAGAUGUAGGAGCAAAGGCGGAGAAUUCCUCGGCAGCAGACCAGGAAGUGUAUGAGUUUCAGUAUAUUGAUCCGAAGAGUAAAGUCCAUGUAUCACCCCUAAAAGAACUGCUAGAGACUGAGAUCAGAUCAAGGGCAAAUUCUUCCCCUGUUCAGUCCAACGCUAGAGAAGCGGAACCACAGUCAAAGAAGAACCUUGGACAAGAAUUCAUUAAUGGUGAGAGCAAGGUGGGGACGUCGUCAUCCUCACACGAGAGAAGUUCUUCUCCGCAGAUGUUUGAUUCGGAUGAAGACCUUUUUGCCGAUGCUACACCAAAGAAAAACAAGCCGAAUGAUGGAGGUGAUGAAAAAUCCAGUGUCUCUGGCCUGAAUAAGUCAAAUGUUCGACUAGCUCCAAUCUUUAGUGGUCAUACAACAUAUCAGAAGAAAAAGAUAACGCCACCGAAAGAGAAGGCACCAAAAUCAAUGGAGAAGUCUCAAAAAUCGGAAGGAAAAUCUGUGAAGCAGCCAAAGGGCUGUGGAAAAGUUAACUGUGGAAAGGAAAAUGAUGAGUGCUGUAAGGUUUCAAGAAAGAGGCCACUCUUCAGUCAGAACGUCCCAAGCCAAGUUCCCCCUGCAGCAGGAACAGAAUCAGAUUUAGAUGAUUUUGACCUUAAUCAGAGCUACAACAGCCCAGCAGGAGGGGAAAGGGUAGUUCGUCGAGUCUCGAGAGGCAGACGCUCCUUAUCCCGCCACAAGGGUGUGCAGUACUCGGAUGCUGAGGACUUGUGAUGGGUCAGGAUCAGUAGAGGAAAUUCAUGUGAAAUUUAGAGAACUGAAGAUUUUCAAGAGGAUUAUACUGGUAUAUUUUUGCUACAUAGAGACAUUGUAUGUAAAAAUAAGAGAGGGAAAGCUGUGGUGUGUGUGGCAUCAUCCAUACAUGUGGUAGAGUGUCCUGCAUGUGAGGAGAAAACAAAUAUUCAGUGUUCAAAGUACAUAGGUUGUUAGGGUUGAAUGGGUAUAAAUUCACAUUGUUUGUAAUACAAAGUAAUUUGCAGUUGAGUAAUAUAUGUAGCAUAAGGUGCUGUAUUUCUUUUAAUCAAUUUUAAUCAUUUGUAUGGAAAGUUUCAUCUCAUGAACAUACAGUACGUGUAUUACAUAUUACCUUUUCCAUUUAUGUAUAAUUCUAAUUGAAUUUUUCUACAAGUUAUUUGUUGUCUUUAGAUUGCUUGUUAGCUCCUAUGUUGCUUGGCCGCUGCACAUUGAUUGCUUCAGUUACUAGUGAUAACUUGAUUUUUCAUUUUUCCUAUGUUACAUUCCUUAUGUACUGUCUUUUCACAUCAGAUUUCUUUGUUGUGUAAGAUAAAUUUCAUCUUUUUUGUCCAAGAAAAAGAAAUUGGUUAUAUUAUGUGGCAUAUAUAGUGUACUCAAGAAAAUAAAUAAAUUUUUGUUAUGCUGAUCACAGGAGAUGAAAUAUUGCAUGAUAUUGUGUGAUAUAGAAGCAUAAAGCACAAAUGUUCUUUUUGUAUACUAUAAUGAUUAUAUAGGGAAAGAAAGUAGACAAAGAUGUGAAAUUUUACUCUAGAAUAAUGUUUGGAAAGGAUGUUUAAAUUCAGUAG